CAACAAACAUGUUCUUUUAUGUCAGUGCACUUUGGCUUUAUCCACUUUGUUAAGCUGUGCGUGUUUUAGCAGAACCACAGUGAGUGUCCGUGACACAGUUCUUAAGAGGUGAGAAAGCCGCUAACCAUUAUUAGACAGUAUACUGCGUGUGAAAAGGACAUUAUAUACAACACUGUAGGUGCUUUAUGCCUUUACUGCCACACACAGCAAGCAUUUAGAUAUUGAGAGCAAACCCUCAGUGAGAGAGGAAGUGUUUUUUAUGUCUUGGACUUCCAUUAGCUUUGAGUCAACAGUGUGAGCCGAGCUGCUGCAAGACUUUCACUAACACAGCUAUGGCAGACUUUCAUGGAUAUCAUGUUUCCAUCCUUGGGGCACUAAUGCUUGGGAUUCUUCAGGGUCUGUUUGUUUUAGCUGAUACAGACACAGAGAAGGUGCUUAAAACUGGGAGCUCCCUGGAUCUAACAGUGACAUAUCCAAAUGAUUCAAUUGUUUCUUGGGAAUUUAAUGGUAAAAAGUUUGCUGAGUACUCUCUAAGCCGUAGUUACUCAUUUAAAGGAGUUCAAUUUAGUGGAAGAUUAAAAAGUGCUCAUGAUGUUAUCGGAGUAACGCUACAAGAUCUCCAACCCCAAGACUCUGGAACAUUCACCAUUCUUGCAAUUGUAUCUGGAAAACAGACUCCCACACAGAGCAUUAAAAUUUCUAUUCAAAACCCCAUAAGAGCUGUGCAGAUUGAAAAGACCCAGAGGUGGCUGUUACCCACAAACAGCUGUGAUGUUGAUGUGAAGUGUGCAGCACUUGGAGCUGAGAAUGUUUCCUACCAGUGGAGCGGCUACAAGACUGCGAGUGAAGCUCACCUGCAGUUUAGGCUCUCACCAGCAGAAGGAGCUGUUACACUGAACUGUACUGCAACUAACAAAGUCAGCUCCAGUUUUGCUACAGAGACACUGAGCUGUAGCUCUGAAACAGAAGUUUCACUGCCAGUCCUCAAACUGAUCAGUAGUCUUGUAGCGGCCUCUCCAUAUCUGCUGGUGACCAUCAUUCUGGCUGUAAAAUGCUACACAGCUCGAGGUCACCAUAACAGUCAGAAUGCCGUUGCUGUAAUUGAGGAGUAAAUGCUUCACAACUUUACAAUUUACUGAAGUAACAAAACAUGUUUCUGCUUAAAUAUUCUUAUUUUUUGUCAUUUUUGUAUGGAAUAUUUGCAUUUAUAUUCAUCUCAGGACCACAGUAUAUUUUACUGUUAUUAUAAUUGCACUUUUCUGGAACAGUCCAGCUGUGUCUCCAUGUCCUUCAGAGAACAUCCUGAGAAAAAAAACCUUAAUUACCAUUAAUCCAUUAAUCUUCUCAAUAUUCUACCUAUUGAGCAUCUGACUAUAGGACCUGGAUACAGGGAGCAUUGCCAACCAAGGAUAAAUAUUGGUUUUACAUAUUUAUAUAUUUAAUUUUACAAAUACCACUGGAAUAAAUAGAAAAUGUCCAA